CCAUCUUACUUAUUGAUCAAUUCCUAACAAUCCAUCAAACGUCAACGGCUUUCUUUAGCCUUCACUCUUGCCUUUAGUGAAUAUGACAAACCAAACCCGCACGUACGGGGACCUAAAGGUUACUUUGACCUCCGAGUAUGAAUGGGCCUGGGCAGACACAGGUACUGGUGCAGCUAGAGCCGUUACUUUCUGGCAUCCAAAGUCCCAGUCUAGCGAUUUUGGAGGUAUGCGCCCCUUGGGUACUGUCGGCGUUGACCACUACAACGAUAUCAAUAAGAAGCAAGCUACUCUCCUCGUAGGGGCCACCAGCGAUUCGAAUCCCGCAGUCAAAUCCCCAACUGGAUACACAAGAAUGUGGAUUUCUAAAGGAAUGGGUGGAAAAUAUGAUAACUCUUUAUGGAGACCAAUCCCUCCAGAGGGAUAUGUGUCGAUGGGUGACGUUGUCUUUAAUUGCACAAAUACGACAUGGGAUGAAAAACCAAGCACUGAUAAAGUCUGGUGCUUACGAGCUGAUCUCGCAAAGCGUGCUGUCUACUCUACUAGCUCAUACUGGGACGACAAGCAUGGCGGUGGUGACUUUGAUUGUAGCGUGUGGCAAAUAGUUCCGGAACCAACUAUAGGCAUGGGCGACAAGAAUAUUCCCAUAACAGCUGGUACUUUCCGAGGACACCAGAGCUACUCUAAGCCCGACUCAGAACAUGCUUUGGUUCCGGUUUUGCCUUGCGAGAACGAAUUCAAGAGAUUCGACGCCUCGGUUCCUAAGAUCUCAGCGACUGCAAUCCCUACCACGGGGGAUCAAUAUUCGCUCAGCGAGCAGUGCCGCGUUACUUUGCCAUUCAUUUCUUUCCUUGACAUGAAAGACGAAAGAAGCCUUGACUUCAUCCGGAUCCCGUUUAUUGAACUGAGCAGAUCCAUUGCAUGGAAGGUCGAGGGUGUUUGGGUAAAUGGUGGUGAGGGCAAGUACUCGCGCCAAAAAGAAAUAAAAUACGGCGUCAGUAAAACAGAAUCUGAGUCAAUGACUCACUCUGCUGGUGUUGAGAAGUCAACGGUAACAGAGAAGUUCGAAGUCCCGGGGAAAAAUGCAAAGGUUUUGUUUAGCAAACAUAUCUGGAUCACGGCCGCUCGUGCAGAUAAAGGUUCAGUACUUAUUAAGCAGCUCGAAUUGGUCGCAAACGAUGAUGUGUAUUUUGCUGGAUGUAAAGUUGUUUCCGAAUAG